AAACAAGACAGCCAUAGUGCUGUGUAUAUCCUCCUCGCACUCUCAUGACGGUAAUGUGACGUCAGGCGAAGCUUCCAAUUGGCAGGUUGCGAUCAGUCGUGUGUGCAUCACAGAUUCCGUAUUGCGUUGUUUAAGGAACCUCCUGUCAGUUGUUUGCAGUAGAAAACUGGUUCCUCGCCGCCUUUGGCGGAGACAACUUCUAACGUGUUUCGUGUGGCCGAACUUACGAGUCUAAAAUCAUCGCAGGUCACGACUAAACGAGGGAUGCCCGACAACGGGGCUGUUUACCAGCCAACCACCGUUGGCUACUCCUACGACACCGGGGUCGAUGGCUUUUUGGGUGUCGGUUCGGUCACCAGGCAUAAGCUCGGCCUCAGAAAAUGGCUCGAAUGGGUCAGCCUCUCCACCGCAGUCCCUCUAAUAUCGGCGGGCCUCAUCUUCCUCAUCGUCGCCCUGGUGUCCAGCGAAUCAACCGGUCCUCAAAUUGAGGCCAAACAGAUUCAGAUUACCAAACCUAUCGAAGUUCAGCCGAUGCCGGUUGCUUCCGAUACCAACAGCACUAAGAAAUGCUCACGACCGAUUAAUCGGAAUCGAUAUAGCGGUGAUGAUUCGAAUGGAAGAACAAUGACCAUUGGCGCGACAUUGUUGGCAUUUGGUUUUCUUCUUGGCCUGGUUUGGGGAUGGCUCCGGUUUUACAAGAAGAGAGAAUCGCCCAGGAAUGAGCCAUCUGGGGGUGGAGGACAAAUGUUGGGCGGUUUGAACCCGUCAACUGACUUGCUGGUGGGUUCCCCUUCGCAGUACGGGCCGGUACUCACCGAGGUCCCAAGUCACCCGAAAAUAAAGCAGAUCACCAAUCACCAGAAUACUACUUCUGCGCUCUCUGACCAGGAAGAGGAGACUAGGACCCUAAUGCAAGAACCUCCGUCUUUCAGCCCUAACUCCAACAACACCAGCAAAAAUCAGCAUCCAGAAUGAACUCCUGCUCGACUUGAAGUGGAGUAUUGAGCUUAAAAAAGUCUGGACAGAAUUAAUAAUUUCAAGUAACCUGUUCGUAUUUAUCCGAGCAGCCAGCAAUCUGUUCGUCUUUAUUUUUAUUUAUUUUUUGUUUUACUGAAUUUUCAAUCAACCAACCAAUGCCAGUUGAAUUAUCAAAUACGAUCCGGUUAUACCCGCAUGUUACCGAAAAAUUUGACGUUUUAUGUGUAGAAACUAAAGAUGUGUGAAAUGACCGAGCUGGUAAAGAGUCUCUUAUUUUGUUCUGUACGUAAUUAAAUUUGUACAAAAAAGAGAAGAGACCUCUUACAUACGGUUGUAUAGUAUAUGCGUAUUUCUGACUGCUUUUCUUAAUCUUCGAUGGUCGGGCAAUUGCCGCGUUUUCUAUUUAUAUAUUGCAAAUUUACUUGUUCUGUUUAGUGCCUGAAUCGGCUUUGUGACAUAAACGUGAGAUCUAUAAACUACUAAUUAUACACUUACUUUAUGUUUGACUAAUAAAAUAAGACCUAUUGUUUCGCGCAAAGUGCUUUCGCAUUUCUAUUUUUUAAUUUUUCAUUCUUCUAGAAUCUUGUUCUAUUAAUUUUAUAUUCGAGGCAUUGAUAUUCAAAUUGUUUAAUUCAUAAAUUCGAUUAACUUCGCACAUUUUUUAAUAUCGCCUAAGUCCCCUUCAGAUAUAAGUAGCGAUAUUAUUAAACAAAGUUGAUUCAAUUCUUUUACGCUUAUAGUCUAAAAAAAAGGAGAGGCGAAAAAAGCAUAGGUAUAUGAAAAGGUAAUUUUAUUCAAUUACUUCGAUACUGGUAAUUUUAAGACUAAUAUUUUCUAUUCAAUUUUAUAGACUGAUGAUUUAAUUUUAAUCGAGUAAUAUGGAUCUAUAUCUAUGAAUGCUGUCAGUCUUGUCGUUACAAAGUUAGGGUAUCGACAAGUUGGCAUAUUUUAUUGCGUCCUCGUGUGCAAAAUCACGCUCUCAUUGAUUACUUAAGAAAGAUGUGUGUAUAUAUAUUGGCGAUUUGAUUGAUUUACUCAUUAAUAUAUUAUGUGUUUUACAGGUUGUCUCAACUUACAUAAAUCGUGCAUUAGAAUAUCGGAAAUGAGGACUACUAUCGAAAAAUGGUUCGGAUGAUAAUAUUAUAGUUUCGAGGAGAACACACGAUGGACACCGAUAUCAGUUUCGUUGUAAGUAGUACUUCUUGCGAGAAACUAGCACGAACGUAGUUUUCUUGAAUUGUACCCAACCUUUUCCUGGAACAGAUGUUGUACUUUACGUUAGUGCACAUUCAGCCAUACGCGAUUAAGGUUCAUACCAUUCACGGAUCACCAGUUACGACUAUUCGCAACUCGAAAAUUUUUCAUGAUACUAAGUUCCGGGAAAAUAGUAUCAAUAAUAACAAUUUUGAGGUAUCGUAAGGUCCAGUGCAAUACUCUGCUCGCCACACCACAGCAUUUCCAACGUCGGCUGCAACUCUGUAUUCAGACAGAGGAAAAUGUGUUUGAACAUUUAAUAAACUCUUGAAACAAUCGUGCUUUUACCCAAAAUGAUUGCGAUUGAAAAAGUACCUCACAAUAAAGAAGUAUUUAAAUACAUGAAUGCAGCAUCGCUAACAGUAAUUGCAUUUCAAACAGAACAUGUAUCAUGACUUCCCGAGUUUCGAACAGUCAUAACUCGCGAUCUGUGAAUGACAUGAACUUGUAUCACGUACAGCUAAAUUCGCAUUACCGUGAGGUACAACAUUCUUUCCGGAAAAACAAUCGGUUGCUAUUCCAGAAAACUACCUUCAUGCUAGUUUCUCACAAGCAGUACUAAUCAAAACCAAACUGGUACCAUUAUGUAACCCCCUCGACAUUGGAAUAUUCUCAUCGGAACCAUUUUUCGAUGGUACUCCUCAUUUCUAAAAUAUUGUAAUGCACAGUUUAAGUUGCACACCCGUGUACAUCUAUAUCAUUGUAUAUACCUCAGACAAUACUUAGGCACAAGGCACAAUGUCCCAAAAUUUAACGUCCUAAAAAGAAUUUUACAACCCAACAAACGUUUUGGAUUACCAUGUCGUAUUUGAGAUGAUGAAUUUUGGGAUGGUGGACAUAAUUUGGCCGACUUUUGGACAAAUUUUGGCUAUCGCAUUUUCUGGGACGUAUAGAUGCAAACAAAUUUGUAUAUAAUACAACAAUUGGAUAUAUGUAUUAAUUAAUAUAUUAAGAAAAAUUCAAAAUGCAAAAUAACUUAUAAAAAAAAGAAAAUUUAAAUUUAAGUGAGUUGAUUGACUUACUCAACGUCUUUAUGACAUUAAAUGUAUGUAUGUACCUAUUAGUGUCUAUUGGUAUCUAUUGCUUUACUAGGCAAACGUCUACGAAGUACUGGCACUGCUAAAUCUUACUAAAUAUGCUAUACUAAAUAUUCAAAAAUUAAUUAAUGAAUAAUAAAUUUAUUUUCAUUUUUAA